AUGAGUCGAUACUAUUCAGAUUCGGAUGAUACACAUUAUGUUUCUCGUCGACAAUUGGAUAAUGUACAUGCAUCUGGUUGGCAAUCACCAUUACCAACAACUGAUGUAACACCUUCGUCGGUAGCACGUAUUGUUGUUGAAUGUCCAUUUGGAUCAAAAAAAUGUGAUUAUACAAUUGAUAAAUCUCAACGUGGUCGUUUAAUUGUUACUGCACGUCGUCGACAUAAAUUUAAAUAUGAUAAUCUUUUAUCAAAUAAUAAAGAUAAUAUAGCUAUUCAAACAUUUACAAUUCCAUACGAUGCUGAUGUUGAUCAUUUAACAACUUAUAUUGAACAAUAUACAAAUCGUUUAAUUAUUGAAAUUCCUCGUUUAUCUGAUAUAUUAACAUCAUCAACAGGUACUUCUCAACUUAUAUUUAAUGAUACUAAAUCUAGUAGAAAAUCUUUGGGUAAUAAUCAAAAACUUGAAUAUCUUAUUGAUUGUCAUGGUUAUACAGCUGAUGAACUUGAUGUAUUUAUUCAAAAUCAAAACUUAAUUGUUCAAGGUAAAACUAAACGAGCAAGAUCAACAGAUCCAACACAAGAACAUAUAUCAAAAAAAUUUUCACGUAAAAUUUCAUUACCAAAUACAGUUGAUUUACCAAAAGUUAUAUCAUAUUUGGAAAAUGGUCAAUUACGAAUUGAAGCACCACUUAAACGUGAAUCUUAUUAUAAUGAUAAUGGACAUCUUUUAUCUAGAUUACCAACGACAACAAUACCAAAUAGAACAAUAAUUAAACAUAAUCGAAUUCAAUCACCAAUAUCAAAUAAUUAUCCAUAUCAUUAUCGACCACAUGAACAUGUAAAUCGUCAUCAUCGUCGAAGAUAUGAUUAUGAUGAUAUUCCUCGACCAACAAGUUCAAUGCAACGAAUAUAUUCAGCUGAAAAUCUUCAUUAUCCACUUUAUAGAUCAUGGCGAGAUCUUGAUAAUGAUGGUGAUGAUGAAGAUGAUUCAAGACAAAAUCGAUAUCGACAAAUAGUCAAUAAUGAACGUUAUAUUACAAAUCGAAAUGGUACAAAACAACAACCAACAUAUAAAUCUACUUAUUUACCGACAAAUAAUGUUGUUAGAACUACGACAACACAUCGUUAUUAUCCAACAGAUGAAAAUGUUAUUCUUAGAAUUGUCAAAAUAUUUAUUGCUAAUCAUUUAGUAACUCAAAUAUUAUUAAUUAAUAUAUUUUAUAUAAAGAAUUCUAUUUUAAAUAAAGAUAAAUAA